CUAUCAGGUGAGAGUAAAGUCAACACCAUGCUGUCAGAAACAUACAGAAAUCGGGAGAUGUGCAAUCAGAUCCUUAGACAAGUAUUUCCUAAUCCCAAUCAAACGGAUCAUCGUCCCGUUGGACGAUCGGCGUGGCAGAGCGAGGGAAUUCAUAUUGAAGAUAACAUGCUAACCUACGUCGGGCCAAAAAGCUGCAGCAGUUGUCAACUUUCACCAAAAGAAUUCCACGGCGCCAGAUACAAAGAGCCGUUUUCCGCGGAAUUCCCUAAAUUUGAGGUGGUAGUUCAAGAAGGCGGGACCGAAAGGGAAGUAGUCAUAGGUGUGGUUCGCGGAAGACAUAACUCACACAAAGUCGCUGGAGAUGCUCGCCAUACUGUUGGUUAUCACGCAUGUAAUGGACUUAUCGUUCACCAUGGUGCCUCUGGAAAACAGACUGUGCAAGGUAUUCAGGCUAAUAAAAGUGACACAAAUCUCGUGACGUUCAUGCAACGGCUUCUAUAA